AUGGAAGAAGUAAGAAAGUUUAAGUUCACUUUGGAGGAGGCUAGGUCCGAGAGAGGUGUGGUUAAGGUAAUUGGGCGUGCUAGUGAUGGAAAACCUAACAGACGUGCUAGGAAGGACAACCUGUUGUUUGAUGAGAAAUCGCUGAGUAAGAAUCAUGCUAUGUUAGGGCUGAAGCUGUUGGAUCCAUUGGAGCCCAAUGUUCACAUUAUUGAUCAGUUUCGUAUUUACGUUAAGGAUUUAGGGAGCACUUAUGGUAUUGUAGACUUAAACUCCGAGGAAAGCGACCCGUUUGUGAUCGACCUCAAGAAUGGUGAGCGAUUUGGACUGGUUGGGUUGGAUGAACCGAUAUCCAUGUAUCAAAGGCGAGCUGCUAAGCUGAAGUUUCAAGUUAAUUUACAAUAUUUCGACGCCAGAAAAGGUAUAUUUGAGUGUAUUGUUAGGGAUGUUUCUUUCAAUGACAGUCCGGUGAUCUCUAGACCGUCUUCGUGUGAUGAUGAGGGGGCAGAGUUGGAGUUUUUGUCAUCAUCAUCUUCUUCUUCAUCUUCAGAUUGGAAUUUCAGUGAAGAUUUUAGUAUAAUAAGAGAAACGCCAUCUGAACCAGUGAAUGACUACACUGAAGAGGAAGAUAUAUCUUCCGAUUCUGGCGACUCUGACGAGGACGAGGGCUAUUCAGUGGUCGAUCUGCUGACACUGAGCCAAGAGUCGGAAGAAUGGGAUGUUUUGGAGUCGGAAGAAUCCGAGGAUGAUGAUAAACACGUAUGUGGCCGUUCUGAGAAGAGAAUUUUGGCUAGGAAUAAGUGUUUGAUUAUCAACUACGAGCCAAGAGGGUCAGAUGAGAGUUUAGACGUCAAUAGGUCUACGGGGAUUUUGAAGACCUUAAUGGUCAGUGCAAUGGUUGGUUUUUUAUUUGGGUUUUUGGGAACAGUUGUUCUCCUCGUCGGUUUGGCAUUAAAGGAAGUAGAGUGA